AUGUCCUCGCUCGAGGCCAAGAUCGUGGUCCUCGGCGCCCAGGGCGUGGGCAAGACCUCGCUGGUGAUGCGCUACUGCAAAGGCGCCUGGAACCCCUCGCAGGUCACCUCCACCGUUGGCGCGAGCUUCAUGACCAAGCGCGUCGUCGACAGCGACACUGACACGGUGGUGCGCCUGCAGAUAUGGGACACCGCCGGCCAGGAACGCUUCCGCUCCAUCUCGCGCCUCUACUACCGCGGCGCCAAUGCCUGCAUCCUGUGCUACAGCAUCACCGACGCCCAGUCCUUCGCCGAGAUGGGCAUCUGGCUGACCGAGCUGCGCCGCAACCUGCCCCCGGACAUUGUGCUGCACGUCGUCGGCACCAAGGCCGACAUCGUCGCCCGCGACCCCUCCCGCCGCGAGGUCCCCUUCGAGCGCUGCAUCGCCUACGUCGCCGAGAACCUCGCCCCCGGCCUGGGUAGCACCCCGCCGCCCACCGCCACCCCCGGCGGCGCGACCGUCUUGCCGGGUUUCGCCAGCGCCGGAGGGGCGCCGCCCCUGAGCGGGCCCGUGAGCGCCGAGCCGCGCAGCCCUAGUAGCAAGAGGAGCAGUGGGUUCUGGGGCCAGGAGGUCGGGUGGGACGCAUGCCACGAGAUCAGCGCCGAGAGCGGCGAGGGCGUCGAGGAGGUCUUCCGCGUCGUCACCAGGAAGCUGGUCGAGCAGAACCGCAAGAUACAGCAGGCCCUGCUGGCCGCCACCUCGACCCCCGGCGGCGCCACGCCCAGCAUGGACGGCAGCGGCGGCCUCGGCGACGGCUCUGCUGCCGCUGGCUACUUUGACGGCGUCAACGCCAGGGGCAGCUUCCGUGUCGGGAGGGACAGGCGGAGCUGGCUGUUUUCGCCGGGCUUCUCACCCGCUGUCACGGUAGACCAGAGGGCGACAGGCGGGCCCGAGCAGACGCCAGACAACCCCGAGGCGAGAAGAAGGAAAUGCUGCUGA